AUGCCAACAACCUGCACAAGCACACAGCGAGCCCCAGACACGGCAUUCUUCACUCAUUCUGACAAUAUUGUCCUGGAAGUCUUGUACCGACAUGUCAAUGAUGCUGAGACCAAGGAUGAUGGCCACGAAUUUGACCAAACUCGAACUCCAGCUCGGGACGCAUCCGCGUUGAAGCUUCUUGCGAAUCUCAACGACCCUAAAAGUCCUCACUUUGAACAAACUGUCUUUUGCUCCUGGGACCAUGAAAUCAAUAGUUUCCAAAGUCUUCAGAACAUCCACGAGAAAGUCUUGUGGCGCGAUGUGAAAUGGGCUAGAACUGUUGCUCGGCACGAAACCGACGUGUGCGAUAUACCUCUUCUACGACUUCCACCUCCUCCAUGGUAUUUUGCAUACCAUCUAUAUUGGAUGGUGCUUCGGGAGCUUUACAUUAAUGAUGCCCAAUCAUAUUCAUAA